AUGGCGGAUGUUAUAGCUGCAAUUGGUCCUGGGUAUAAAAUCCCAACUUAUCAUAAUUUGCGUGUAAAUUUAUUGAGAGAUGCAAGGAAAGAAGUGCAAUUACUUGUUGAUAGUUACAAGAAAACUUGGGAGGAUGUUGGAUGUACUUUAAUGGCUGAUGGUUGGACAGAUAAUUCACAUAGGUCGUUGAUUAAUUUCCUAGUAUACUGUCCUAAAGGAGUGUGUUUUGUGAAAUCAGUGGAUGCUUCAGAUGUUGUAAAGGAUGCUACAACAUUGUGUAGCUUGUUUGAGGAAAUAGCUUUAUGGGUUGGACCAAACAAUAUUGUCCAUCUUGUCACUGACAAUGGAGCAAAUUAUAAAGUGGCUAGAAAGUUGUUGACUGACAAAUAUAGCAGUAUUACUUGGUCUCCUUGUGUAGCACAUUGCAUUAAUUUGACGUUGAAAGACAUAGUUGAGAUGAGUCAUAUAGUCAACCUUUCGACACGUGCAUCUGAGGUUACAAAGUUUGUGUAUAAUCAUUCCUUUGUGCUAGUUUUGCUGAGGAAAAAACAGGGUUGGAUAGAAAUUAUACGCCCAAGUUCAACCCAUUUUGCCACUACUUUCAUUGCAUUGAGCAGCCUACAUCGGCACAAACAUGACUUGCAAUCUACAGUGACAGAUAGAACUUUUGUGGAGUCUCGAUAUGCAAAAACUAAUAAAGGCAAAGCCUUUAUUUCCAUAGUUCUAGAUAACCGGUUCUGGGAUGACAUUGGUAUAAUUUCCAAAGUUGUGAGUCCAUUGAUGCGUAUGCUUCGGAUUAUAGACUCAGAUGAGAGGCCUUCAAUAGGAUAUGUGUAUGAUGGCAUGUACAGAACGAGGAUGGGGAUCAAGAAGCUGUUUAAGAACAAAAAAAAAUUGUACAAGCCUUAUACAACAAUUAUUAAGAAGCGUUGGGAUAGGAUGUUGCGCCAUGAUAUUCAUGCAGCAGCAUAUUAUUUGAAUCCUGCUUUCAAAUAUGACGAAGAUACUUUUUCCAAAAAACCUGAGGUCAUGUAUGGUUUUCUUGACACUAUUGACAAUAAAGCAGGUGCAUUCAAAAUGAGCAAGACAAAGUUACUAGAGGAGAGUAGAUUAUAUCGAGACCGUCUGGAAAGCUUUUCUCAUGAGCUUGCUCUUCAAACUUGCAAAACUACACGGCCGGAUGAAUGGUGGAGGACAUUUGGCUUUAGUGCUCCAAAUUUGCAAAAGGGUUGUUACAAGAAAAUUACAUAUGAUCCUAUUGAUUAUGAGAGUAUUGAUAAAACUGAAUGGUGGAUAGUUGAUGAGGAAGAGGAGGUUGGUGAGCUUAAUUACGAAGAAUUGGAACAAUCAUUAUAUGGAGAAGGAGCUAUUCCUAUAAAUGGUGGUGAAUCUGGUGAUCACCUUUCUUAUUAUAACUCAGCAGAUGCUUCAGAAGAAUUUUUUAUAGAUGAUGUUGUCAAUGUUAAUAAUGAUGGCGAUCCUCUACCAGGUGGUGUGUGA